GAUCGUCCGCUGAUUAUGUGGCUCGACGAAGCGGAUGCCUACCUGAGCGAGCUCCUGCGACGCGAGGGGCGGGGUGACUUCUCCUCUACUCCGUGUGCUUGUGGCUCCAAUGCUGCGCACGCUCAAUAUCGGUGCGAAGACUGUUAUGGGGAUCGUCUCUACUGCGAACGGUGCACCGUCCGUUUUCACCAGAAGCUUCCUCUUCAUCGCAUCAAGCGGUGGAGCGGCUUGUUCUUCGAGCGCGUUUCUCUCAAGUCUAUGGGGGUCCGCGUCCAGCUCGGGCACGAGCCAGGCGAGGUUUGCAGGAACCCUAAGACUGCGGCUGGCGACGACUUCGUCGUGCUAGACGUCCUCGGCAUCCAUGAAGUCGGGCUCGACUUCUGCGGAUGUGAUCUUGCCCGUCCGCAUCACAAGCAGCUUCUGCGUUUGGGUUGGUUCCCGGCCACGUCGGUAAAUCCGAAGACCGCCGCCACCUUCCGCCUCCUCGAAGUCUUCCAUACUCUCUCGAACCAAUCCAAGGUUUCGGGGUGGGAGUACUACUGCGCUCUCGCCCAGCGCACAGACAAUACGGGCACCAAGCCGCCAAAGGAUCGCUACCGCGCUUUCAUGAUGAUGAUCCGCCAAUGGCGACAUCUGAAAAUGAUGAAGCGUGCAGGGCGAGGCAACGUCGAGGGAGGUAUCGGCGCUGCCGAGCAGGGCUCAUGUGUUGUCGAGUGCCCGGCGUGUCCACAACCUGGCAAGAACCUUCCGAACGACUGGGAGACGGAUCCGCCGGCCAGAAGGUACGUGUGGCUCUAUCGCCUGCAUCUCGCGAUUGACGCCAACUUCCGCCUCAAGCGGAAGAAGGUGUCUAAUGAUGCGGUAGACCCAAGCCUCAACAAGGGGUGCGCGUACGUAGUUGAGGAGACGGCAUAUAAGGAUCAUAUUGCCAAGUUCGACAACCAGCGUACCGACCCCACGCAGAGCUGCAACAACCACGACGCGGUCAAGCUGGCUACUCUCAAGGGUGGGGCCGGCCUCGCGGCUUCUGGGGUGGCUACGGUCGACUGCGCAAGGCAUGACAUGAAGCGUCCGUGUUCAACGGGCGACCUUCAGAAGGGUGAACGAUAUGUGAACAUCGACUACCUUGGCAACUCCUCCCUUCAGCAAAACACGCCCAUCGACAUCGCUGCGUCGUACGACAUCUCCUGUCAGUACAGCCGCAAGUUCGACGAGCGGUUCGACAACUAUGGCUUCGACGUCUCGCGUCACGACAUCACCUGGGGAAUUCCAAAGUUCCACAUCAACGCCCACCAGGAGAAGUGCCGCGCGGACUACAACUGGCACUUCCUCCCGUGGUCCGCUCGUCUUGACGGGGAGGGUGUUGAACGUAACUGGGGGAAGUCCAACCCGGCCGCGGCUAGCACGAAGGAGAUGGGGCCAGGCUCGCGCCGCGACUUCCUCGAUGACAUGUUCUCCCAUCACAACUGGGUAAAGGUCUCCAAUCUAGCAAUGACUCUGCUCAAGAAGAUGAAGAAGGCCGUCCCAGAGCGCGACACGCAGAUUAUCGCCUUUCAGGAAUACAACAGCGCGUUCGCCCCUGCGACGACCGAGCAGUGGCGCCUCGCAGUAGAGGCUUGGGAGGCUGAUUCGACGAAACCGAACCCCUUCCUCCUGAAGCGGCCUGUUAUCACCCAAGCUUCCAUCAAGCGGCAGAUUGCCGAGGCCGACGCGCAACAGCUGAAAGACGGCACGGCUGCCGCUCUGCACGAGAAGCUGUCCGCCAGUGGCGUGGUGAUAGCAGGGCUGGAGAUAGAGGAACACCAGCGACGUUUGAGAUCCGACUACGCCGAGUUAUCCGCCCACCCCACAGACCUUCAACGUGCCCGUCUCCAAGAGCGACAAAAUCAACUGCGCCGGAAGAUCGACGCAUGGGCGGAUAUCCAACAGUUGUACAUGCCCGGCGUCGCUGCUCACCGCGAGCGUCUUAUGUCUCAGUCCGAUACCGCUGCCCUGUCUUACAACAUCCCGCUCCUACUCCCUUCCGCCGCUACCGGUCUUCUGUCCUUCCCCGCGGCCAUGCUCGAGCACGAAUGGAGUCUCCGACAUGCGCAGGCCCACGAAGCCUUGAGCGACCUGCGGGGUCACCUCGAGGUGCGCUCGCAUCUAUACAAGGUGAAAGAUCGGUUCGUCCGCGGGCAGCGCGCAAACACUCGCGCGCACACCAUCAUCAAGACGGUCAACGCGAAGAUCGCAGCGGACGCGGCGCGGUACCGCAUCGCGUACCACUGCAUGUACGUGCUCAGCGCGCCCUUGGCGAAGUCGAACUGGCAGGACGGCCUCCGCAACCUCACCGACGCGGACAUACGGCACGUCACGGAGAGCGACGACAGUCAGUCUGAAGGGCGCCGGAAGAUAUCCUGGAUCUGGAAUGCUGGUGCGCCCUCCAACAGUCCCGGCGAGAUCGAUGCGUUGCAGGAUACCCUACGCGUGGAAUGGUGCAAGGCGCGCGCGCGCGCGCGGCGUUGGGCGGAGGAGGUCGAACUCUUGCAGGAGGAAAUGCGCCGCGUCGUUUUGUAUCAUGACUGGGCCUCCCGUCAGUGGCUGGAGAGGGUGGAUGCGAAUACCGCUCAGUCGUCCGACUAUCGCGAUGGCGCCAACGCGUACGCAUACCGCCAGUCGGCGGUUCGCGCGUGGAUGCGGGACUUCUGUCAUCAUUCGUGGCGGUAUGUUCCGGACUGGGUCAACCUUGGCGAAGCUAGUCUAGAAGAGACCCUUUGA